AUGUACGACGGACCUAUCAGAGGGGGUGCACGAGGCGGCGCAGCAGAGUUCAAAUGGUCCGAAGUCGUACAAGAUAAAGACCGGGAGAACUACCUUGGACACUCGAUCAAUGCGCCCGCCGGCCGGUGGCAGAAGAACAAAGAUAUCCACUGGUAUGCGCGGGAUGUGGGGGGGACGGAUGAAGAGAAACGUGAGGAGAUUAAGAGGAUUAAAGAGGCUGAAGAGGACGCUUUGGCUGUGGCUUUAGGGUUCAAGCCUGCUGUGCGUGUUCCACAGAUUCAGACUGAUUCCCCGCCACCUGCGUUCCCGAAUGAAGACGACGCGGAGAGAACGCGGGUGAAGGAGGAGAAACGAAAGAGGAAGGAGGAGAAGCGUGCACGUAAGGAGGAGCGGAGAGCGAGGAAAGAAGAAAAGCGUCGAGAGAGGAGGUGCCCUUCUCCUAGAAGGUAUUCGGAGGACGAAGAUAGGUCACCAUCCCCCAGGCGGAGGAGGGAUGAGCGCUCUCGUUCACCCCUACCGAGAGAGCGUGCUCGCUCCCCUCCUAGGCGGAGAGAUCGCAGCCCCUCGGAAGACCACGACCGCAACCGCGACAUACCCGCCAGACGCCCCUCGUACGGGGACUCGGAGCGCAGAGGUGAUGAUCGCAGAAGAGGGUACGACGAGGAUGAGAUGCGGAAGGAGAGAGAACGGGAUAGACGGCGAUGGGACGCUAACGCGGAGAGGGACAGACCGGGGAGACGAGAGGGCGAGCGCUGGGAACGUGGUGCUGCUUGAUGAGAGAUGCUGUGCACUGCGCUUUGUGAAGAAUUUGGCCAGUGAU